AUUGAGAAGUCCAUUGCCUCCCUCCGUGAAGCUCUGUCACCCAAUCGACGCGGCACAGCCCUGACACCGGAUCCCAGCCCCCAAUCGCAGCUUCCAGUCCGCCGCCAUGAGCCUCACGUACUUUGUCAGGGCAUCUGUUGCCUUGGCACUCACUCUCGCGGUACUCGUCCGGUCCGCCACGGCCGCGGCGGCCGUGUGCCAAUACACCAUGCCGGCCGAGAAAGGAGAUACCUGCAAUUCCUUUACGACACGCUGGGGCAUCCCUCUCGAUGUAUUCCUGCGCAACAACCCGGCCCUGUCAAACUGCGUGCUAAGCGCUGGCCAGGAGUAUUGUGUUGACCUGAUCGAUACAUACUCCCUUCCCCCCAAUACCCCCACCGCUACCGCCAGCGCCCCUGUCGGGAUACCAACGGCGUCGGGCCCAAUUAGUGAGGAUGGCCGUUGUGGGCCGGACGGUGGAAACCAGGUGUGCCCAGACUCGGAAUACGGGGACUGCUGCUCGGAUGAAGGGUGGUGCGGAAGCGCGUCAGACCACUGCGGAACCGGUUGCCUCGCUGGCUUUGGUUUCUGUUACGGGGGGCCGGGAGCGGGCAUUACUGUCACCAAGACUGCGACUGAGACUAGGACUGCGACUCAGACUAAGACUGCGACCGAGACCAAGACUGCGACUGUUACGUCUACCCGCCCUCCGCCUUCAUCGACUCUGACACAGACGGCUUAUAUCUACACCACGGUCACGAUCGAGACGACAGACAUAGAGACCACCUUUUCAACAUCCACCAUCCCCAAGACGACAAGCAUCAGCGUCACUGUCACGAGGACCGCGACCAAUACGAUCACCGCAACCUCGACGAACGUGGUCAACAGCACCAGGAUAUCAACCUCCGUCUCGACCGUGCCGACCACAGUCGUGCAAACCAAGACUGCGACAAGCACAGUCGUUGUGACUUCAACGGGCGUCGUCAACACCACCUCGACGUUUACCCUGACUUCGACAACGGGUGUCUCCAACCGGACCUGCGUAACCACCUCGGUUGAGAUUUUCCCCAGCACGGUCGUCAUGACGCAAACGAGCACAGUACUGGAAACCUCGGUCGUCACAAACGUGAUCGACCGCACCGUGACUGCCACGUCCGUCACGACCGUGCCAAGCACCGUCGUCCAGACCAGAACAACGGUGACGACAUCCACGGCCGUGAAGACAAGCACCUCGGUCGCGACCAGCACCGCCCUCGCAACAUCGACGACGGUGCUGACCAAGACGUCGGACGUCUUCGUCACGGAGACAGCCACCGCAACAGCCACAGCCACAACCACGUCCGACGUGUUCGUCACCCGGACAACCACGUCAGACGUCCUCGUCACCCACACGACCACAUCCGACGUCCUGGUCACGCGCACCACCACGUCCGACGUGCUCGUCACCCACACCACCACGUCCAACGUGCUCGUCACGCGCACCACCACGUCCAGCGUCCGCGUCACCUCGACGGCCGAGGUGCUCGUCACGCGCACCACGACGAUAACCUCGGUCGAGACGCAAGCCGCCCCGACCACGACGAGCGCAGCUGCGCCACCGCCGCCGCCGCCGCCGGCUUCGACGAGUGUUGCGGAGCCGACUUCGACGAGCGUCGCUGCCCCGUCCGAAACAGCGGCCCCGUAGGUGGAGUUUUGAAGGUUGAUGGAUGAUGGUGAGACUUGGGGGGGGGGAGAGGGAUUUCGGGUUCGCUUGGGCAUGCAGGACCGAAUGCGGCCAGGCGUUUUCGUUUUUGAUGUUCCAAGGUAGUCUCUCCAUGUACCAUUGUUUCAAGACGGAGCUCUGGGAUUCG